GUAGGCAGAGAGAGGGAGAGGAGAGAGAGAGAGAGAGGAGAGAGCGAAGAGGUCUGAGAGUGAGAAGAGGAGGAGCAGAAAAUAGAUAGCAAAACUGGAGAAAUACUCCACAAUUUUUCACAAAAAACCACCUGAUUUCGUCAACAUUUACGAAUUGGCCCCAAACUUUUCCCGCUUUCGCUCUCAAAUUGAUCUAAAUGAGCCGUUUAGGGUUUAAGUCCGUGGUCUUCCACGGCGACCUGUGUUUGGGAGAACUGGAUGCUAUUCCGGUGAAGGACCAGAAGUUCCAGUUCCCAAACAAUGAGAUUCGAAUCCACCGCAUAUCGCAACAAAGUGAACGAUGCCCUCCUCUCUCAAUUCUCCAAACGAUUUCGUCAUUUUCGGUUCGAUGCAAGCUCGAAUCGACCUCCCCUGUUGAACAGCCCCAUUUGAUCAAUCUUCACGCCUGCUGCUUCUACGAGUUCAAGACUGCGGUUGUAGUGGUUGGUGGUGAAGAGAUUCACUUGGUGGCAAUGCCGAGUAAACAGAAGAAGUUUCCCUGCUUUUGGUGCUAUGCGGUUCCUGUAGGUCUGUACAGUGCUUCACUACGAAUGCUGAAUCUAAGGUGUCUCUCAAUUGUGUUUGAUCUCGACGAGACGCUGAUUGUUGCCAACACCAUGAAGUCUUUUGAUGAUAGAAUUGAGGCUUUACGAAGCUGGAUUGCACGCGAGAGUGAAAUGGUGAGAAUAGCCGGAAUGUCUGCUGAAAUGAAGCGGUACAUGGACGAUCGGUGGCUGUUGAAGCAGUACAUAGAUAAUGACUGUGUGGUGGAUAAUGGAAAGGUGUACAAGGUUCAACAGGAAGAUUUUCCUCCGCUGUCUGAUAACCACGAGAAAAUUGUUCGGCCUAUCAUUAGAUUGCCAGAGAAGAACAUUGUGCUCACUCGCAUCAAUCCUGAGAUUCGUGAUACCAGCGUGCUUGUGAGGUUACGACCUGCAUGGGAAGAUUUGAGAAGUUAUUUAACUGCAAAAGGACGCAAGCGGUUUGAAGUUUAUGUCUGUACCAUGGCUGAAAGGGAUUAUGCCUUAGAAAUGUGGAGGCUUCUUGAUCCAGAGUCACACCUAAUAGGUUCAAAGCAACUUCUGGACCGUGUUGUUUGUGUCAAAACAGGCUCCAGGAAAUCUUUACUCAAUGUCUUUCAACAUGGAGUGUGCCAUCCAAAGAUGGCAAUGGUAAUUGAUGACCGUUCAAAGGUUUGGGAAGAUAAGGAUCAACCUCGAGUUCAUGUAGUUCCAGCAUUCACUCCUUAUUAUGCUCCUCAAGCAGAGACUGCAAGUCCCGUUCCCGUCCUCUGUGUUGCAAGAAAUGUUGCAUGCAAUGUCAGAGGUUGUUUUUUCAAAGAGUUUGAUGAGAUUUUACUGCGAAGAAUUUCUGAAGUUUUUUAUGAAGAUGAGGUGGUAAAUUUACCUCCUGCUCCUGAUGUGAGCAAUUACUUGAUGUCUGAGGAUGCUGGUUUGGCAACCAAUGGAAAUCUUAAUGCUCCUGUUAGUGAAGGAAUGAAUGGCGGUGAAGUUGCAAGGAGAAUAAACCAAUCUGAUGACAAGUUUGGUGCAGACUCAGUGGCUCAUUCUCUGAAAAAUCAGGCUGAGGUAAGAUCGGACAACUCUCAGGCACCUGUUGCAAUUCUUCCCAAUGUCGUUGGUGCAGCAUCUUCGAGGCCGGUCAUGCCUUCUCAGAAACCUGGUUUGCUUGGACCUCCUGUUAGAAGAGACAGCUUUUCUGAUCGUGACUAUGAAAUGAAGAGAGGACUCCUUGGUACAAAUCCUGGUCUAGAUAUGAGAAAUCAAACCUCUGCUGAACUCCCGCAUCUAUCCAGGGUACCUGCACAAAUGCCAGCAACCUCAAUACAUGCACAAGGGGGAUGGUUGGUGGAUGACGACAACAAUAGGGGACCUCCGAGUAAUCGACCUUCUGGGUUUGUUCAACCGCCUGACAUCAUAAAAUCUGAAAAGCUAGUUCACCAGAAUCCUUUUAGUCCUGCUACACCAGGUUCUACUCCCAGUGGUUUGCUCUCACAAAAAUCUGAUGUGAAAAGGGAAGAGGUAUUCUCUGGGCAAGAUUUACAAAAACAAAAUCUUCCUCCUCCAAGUCAGCUAUCAGAGGCCGGUGCAUCCCAGAAUCAGGCAUCUUCUUUUAAUAGAGAAUCUCAAUUAGAAUCUGCAAAAGUGAACCUCCUGCCAUCCCCUUUAUCUAUUGGAGUGCUGCAGGAAAUUGGACGAAGAUGCAGCUCAAAGGUAGGAUUAGCUUGAGAACUAUCUUGUAUCAAUACUGGACUCUAACAUGCUCAUUGUUAACCUUUGUUUCUGAAGGUUCUCUUCACUGGAGAGAAGAUUGGUUUUGGAAUGGGUAGGACGAGGAAGGACGCUCAACAACAGGCUGCUGAGAAUGCUCUUCACAGCUUGGCUGAUAAAUAUGUAGCGUAUCUCGCACCUCGUUCUGGAGCUGUGGACAGAGAUAUUGAUAAAGUCUCAGUCGGGAAUGAAAAUGGAUUUGUAUUGGACAUCGUCGGUCCUGAAUUGACUGAGCUGCUAAGGGAAGAUGGAAUGCCUAAAGAAAGCACUUCUGAGGCUACUGAAGUUGAACCUGAAAGUACUUCUAUUACAGUGAGUCAGCAAGUUCAAAAGCGUGCAAGUUUGCCAAGAUUGCUACAGUCUCUUCCAAAUAAACGAUUAAAGGGAGAAAUAUUGCAUGGCUCACAAAGUUUAUCAUCUUCACGGCCGCAGAAGAAUGUACCUUCAGACAAACCUUGACACUAAAGUUGUAUUAAUGAAGGCUUCCGCUAGUGCAUUCUUCCCCCUCCUUUGAGAAAUGAAACGAUGGUCUCGGCGAGGUCCAGUGGCUCCAUCUCUCCCCGGCAUCCAGAUUUUGUAACUAGUCAGUAGUUUUGGGAAACCACGGGAACGAAAAAGGAAAAGGAGAUGGGUUGGCUUUUACGGCAAUGGAUAUUACCAAGGUGAAUAUGUGUAAUUUUGUUGGUGGAAAGGUGGGCUAUUUUUUUGUCAUCUUGCCCCAUUUUUUCUCGCUUGCAUAAUGGAAAGCUGAGGUUGGAGAUGUUUAUAUCUCUGAUUCAUCAGGUCAUCUUGGCUUUCACCUGAAUAUAGUUACAUGCUUUUUAACCCUUUGAAACUUUAGCGUAAAUUAGAAUGAAUACAAGGGUUUCUGCA